AUCCCGAUCCAAUCUUGUAAAAAAUAAGAUUAUAGACCAAACCGAGAACAAAGAUUCUAAUCCAAUUUGACAAAGAAUAAGAUUACAUAUUACCGCGGGAGCUCGUAACUUUCAGUCAGCAACAAAGAAUCUGGUUCAGAUAAUAUCAAUAGAGUAGAUUUAGUCCAUUGUAAUGAAUCAAGGUAGUCCGCGAAGGGGGAACAGACUAAUAAAUUGAAACGGUUAGCUUGUAAUAAUUAGCUUCAUAAACGGGUGCAAGCAAAUAUCAUUAAUGAGUGUGUAGAAAACUUGGAAGUUUCUGAAGGCGACACAUGCAUGGAGACUGGAGUACAGAGGACAACCACAGAGCAUAUCAUGUUAUUAACUUUGACUUUGUACUCCUCCGAAUCCCUUUUCCUUUCAACUUCUCUAACGCUUCUUCUAUGACGGAUUUUUCUUUGGUCCCUAGUCCUCAACGUGACUUCUACAAGAAUGUACCUGACCGGAUAAAGAAAGAAAAAAAAACUUAUGCAUAAAAGGUGGGUGCUAAUCGGUUCGGUUAACCACUGAUUAAUACGAUAAUUAGUGGUUAACCAUUAAGCAAAGAAUGCACAGAGUAUCUUCCAUUCAUUCUCACAAUAAGUGGAUGAGAAAAUCAAUCAAUUGAAAACUUCCCAAACGAAAACACAGUAGGCAUUCCUACUUACAAUCGCCCCUCCAUGGCUGCCAGCCAGACAGUCAUCAUCUGUUGAAGUGCAAGAAACCGUUUGCCUUAUUUUCUCUAUUAUAAACAUGCUUAAUUGUCAUAUACAUGUUACAAUUCAACAGGAAAACUUGGUCGAUUGUGUCAUGAACCAGUUGCUCCCAAUAACUCGAGUUGUUAGGAGAGGUUCAAUCGUGGAUCAUAUACCACAACACUAACACGCCCCCUCAAACGAAAGCCACUCACAAGGGCUUGAAGUUUGCACAUGUCUGAAGACAAGAAUACCAUGUGCUUAACAAAUGGAGGUCACCGGGAGUCGAACACAAGACCUCUCGGUCACAGAAGGCUCUGAUACCAUGUCAUGAACCAAUUGCUCCCAAUAACUCGAGUUGUUAGAAGAGGUUCAAUCGUGGAUCAUAUACCACAACACUAACAGAUUGUAUCCCGCUUGGAGGUUCAACCACCACCUAACCCAACCAAACCCAUUUCUCUCUUCCAACGAAUGAUACAAUCCAAGUAACGUUAUAUGCAACAAAUCACAUGACUACAGUAGAAUCAUUUAUUUCACCUCUCCUCUUCUUACAAUGUCGGGAACUUUUCCCAUUUCCCUUCUUUCCCAUCUCCUCCAGCUUACAUAGCGUUUGGCACUAGCAAAAUCAAACCAGAUUCAUCACUCUGUUUUCGUAACAAGAUUCAGAGGCUGCCCCACAAAGACCCAUUUUUCCAUUUGCAUUAUAGUGUAUAAGUAAGGGAUCAAAUAUUCAAAUCUCCUAGAGUCCUACUACUACUGCUCAUGACAGUUUGGCUUCUACGAAUUAAUUGGCCUGCAAAGAAGGCGGCCAUUUUUUCUUCCUUCCUUCAUUAUAACCCCAACCCCCUUCCCCUGUUAUGCUUAAUCUCGUCCUAACCCCCCCAAAAAAUUUUUUGGCUGCAUUGGCCAUGGGGAAACCCAAAAUGGCGUUGAAUUGGACGGGCAGAAUGGUACACGAGGCAGUGAGCUUCGUCGUCUUCUCGUUCCUCGACCUUCUGGAUUUCGUCCUCUGUUUCGUUUACAAGCUGCUGGAUUUCCUGAUCGAGGCAGAGUGGAAGCCCUGUUAUUGCACCUCCCCGAAAGACAGCAAGAUCUUUUUAUCAGAGCGGGGCGAGUCGAGAAUCGUUUCCCUCGCCUCCACGAAGCUCGACCUCGAAGAGGUCUCCGAUACUCUGUUUUCCCGCCCUUCCCUCGUCUCCGAAGUUUCGAAGCUCACUGCAGUCACCGAGGAUGUCAGUUUCACCGUGAACUCCGCCACCGUCGUGAAAAUGCUUCAGGGGAAGAUCGGCGGCGGGGGCGGUGAUCGGAUUCGACACUCGCCUCGUUGGUCCGACUGCGACUGUAGAUUCUGCACCAGUUGGAGCUUUUCUGGGACAGAGGAUUUGUUUGUUAGAGUCCAAGGAUCAAAAGAUCAUAACAGGGCGAGAGAAGAUGUGUUGUUCAUCCACGGGUUCAUCUCUUCGUCGUCGUUCUGGACUGAGACGUUGUUUCCGAACUUCUCCGCGACGACGAAAUCGACACACCGCAUGUUCGCGGUGGAUCUUCUGGGAUUCGGGAGGAGCUCGAAGCCCAGCGACUCACUAUACACGGUGAGGGAGCAUCUCGAGACGAUCGAGCGGUCCGUGCUGGCACCGCACAAGGUGAGAUCGUUCCACAUCGUGGCCCACUCGCUGGGCUGCAUCCUGGCCCUCGCGCUCGCUGUCAGGCACCCUGACGCCGUCAAGUCCAUCACCCUCCUCGCCCCCCCGUACUUCCCGGUGCCGGAAGGGGUGCCGGCGACGCAGUACGUGAUGAGGAAGCUGGCGCCGAGGCGCGUGUGGCCGACGAUUGCGUUUGGCGCGUCGAUGGCGUGCUGGUACGAGCAUAUUUCGCGCACGAUUUGCCUGCUGAUCUGCAAGCAGCACCGGAUCUGGGAAUUUCUUGCCAAACUGGUCACCAGAAACAGGGUGCCGACGUUCCUGCUAGAAGGGUUCUUCUGCCACACCCAUAACGCCGCGUGGCACACCCUCCACAACAUCAUCUGCGGCACCGGCGGCAAGCUCGACGGCUACCUGGACGACGUCCGCGACCGGCUGAGAUGCCACGUCAACGUGUUCCACGGCGGCGACGACGAGCUCAUCCCGGUGGAGUGCAGCUUCAACGUGCAGCGGAGGGUGCCGCGCGCCCGAGUCAAGGUCGUCGACGGGAAAGACCACAUCACCAUCGUUGUGGGCCGCCAGAGGGCCUUCGCCAGGGAGCUCGAGCAGAUCUGGAGGCGGGCUUCUUCGUCGUUAUCAUGAAUGCUCGAUCUAGUGGAUCGAGGUGGGUGACAAGAGAGAAAGCCCAACCCAACUCACAGGCCCAGAUUGGCUGGUUUUUCCGUUUUAGUUCCACCUAUGUAUUUUUAUAUACGUAGUACAACGGUGAUAUUAAUGAAAGGUUGGGUUGGGUUACAUUGUGAAAGUAAGUAAUUGGGUUGGGUUACAUUGUGAAAGUAAGUAAACAAGUACUUUUUAUGGGGUCCUUGAGAUGGGAUUGUGCUUCCAUUGGCUACUAAUAUGUGUAAAUUUAAUAAAAGGGAAGAUCAUGAAGAGAAAUUACAAAGCUUUUUAAAUUAUGAAACUUGUCUACCAUCACAUUAAUGAUAGAAAUUAUGUGAUACAAUUACUAAGGGAUUGAAUUAGAAACUCACGUGUGUGUGAGUAUUAAGAUCUCAGAGUUUUGUUUUUGGGGAUAUCGAGUAUUAAAUACGCCAGCAUUACUCCCUUGCAAGUACAUAUACGUGUAUUAAACGGAGUAUUUACUAAGUAUGCUCAUUUGAGAAAUGUCAACAAAACUAAAUAUCCAUCGCUCCUUAGCAAAUUGUAAACGGUAGUUAGCGAAUAGCGACCGUCUAAGUAGGGUUUAGACCAUGACUACAUGAGGUAGUUCAAGUCUUAUGAAGGGUUCAACCCAAAAUUAAUUGGUUUCAUCUAUUAUUUCUUUUGAGAACCAUAAUAUUCCCUAAUUUAAAAAGAGAAGAAACCACAGAAUCGAUACACCGCUACUUACUAAACUUUUGUUAAAUCUUUCAAAAGGAGCAAGAUCGCAUUGGAUCGAGUAGUCUUUAUGCUCAUAUAAUUGUAAUAUACAAGGCUCCACACACAUUCCUUCUUGUUGCUCAAAUAUUUCUUCUCAAAUUAGUCAUAUGUUCGCAUACGGUAAAUUUACAUCUGGUUAUUCAGCUAAAAUUGUUGAAUCCUGGACGGAAGUUUUAUAGAUUCAAUCUCCCAUUAAUUUUGUAGUUUAUUAAGGUAAUGCUUUAAGUUAAACUCAUUGAUCUGCAUGUUACUAAAAGAAAAGAAUAAGCGAGUCACGUAUGUCACUCAAUACACUAGGGUGUAGCUCAACAAAAAUAUUUAGAAAUCCGCCCACUAACUCACGAAAUAAACUUUGCACACGUGUUAGAUUAUAAUAGGUGGUUACGUUUUUUUUUGCCAUAGUAACUGCAUCAUAAUGGAUUGUAACACGUUGGUCACUACAAAAUCGAUCGGAUCAUAGUUACAACGAUUGAGUUACUCCAGGAACGGGUAAAUCAAAGAUUAAAACAUACGUACUGGAAUAUUUUUCCGGGGUACUAUAAGAAGUUAAGUAUAAUAACUAAAUCACUUAAAUCUAAUUACAUUUCAAAACAUAGGGGCUGUGUAGCUAAAAGCCUGCUGAGUGCUGCUGACCGAAGGUGGGCAGUGCUUAUGAAAGAAAGGCAAAGGCAAGGUAUUGGAUAUGAAUAUGAUGGUGUGAUUAGGUAAUUAUGAUAUAAGGGGCUGGAGAAUGUAGACAGCUUCCCCCCCCCCCCCAAAAGGGUUUACUUUUCCCUAGGGGGUGGCUAUACGGUCCAGUCCGGUUAAAUUGGAUCAAAUUGAUUCAGUUUCAGUCGGGUCUUUUCGGGAAUAUAAAGACCAAAGAUUGGAUUGGAUACACUCCGGUCUUGACCCGGUUCGGUCCCAAUUUGAUUUUGAUUGUAAAUUGAGCUUGUGGGGAUUUGAGUGUUGGGGUCUCUUAUCCGGUCUUUAUCCGGGUUUUUUACCACAAAUCUAAGCCCGAAUAUGAGAUUGGAUUGUUUGCUAUCCGGUCCCGGUCCGAGUUAUACGGUCCGAUUUUGAAUAAAACCAAACAGUACUGAAUCAAAUUGCCAGCCCUACUUUUCUCCAUUUUCCUUUCUUAUCAUUACUAGCGCCGGGCCCGGCCUGUUGGGCGGGUAACCUACACAUAACCGUAUUAUUUGAUAAACGUUGAAAUAUGAA